GUUAGAGAGUUACAGAGAGGUAGAGGCAAAGAGAGAGAGGUCUUCCAUCUGCUGGUUCACUCCCCAAAUGUCUGCAAUGGCUGGAGCUGGAAUGAUCCAAAGCCAGGUGACUCCCUGGGGCUGGCCGUGCCCCCGCCACCCGCCUCCCCUGUGUCCCGGACCAGCCCCCAGGAGCUGACAGAGGAGCUGAGCAGGCGGCUUCAGGUCACUCUGGACGCCAACGGGGAGCAGUUCAGUUCCCUCAUCAGAGAGCCCUCCUCCAGGCUGCGUUCCUGCAGUGUCACCGACGCCGUCGCCGAGCAGGCCCAUCUGCCACCGCCGUCAGUGGCCUAUGUACACACCACGCCGGGCCUUCCUUCAGGCUGGGAAGAAAGGAAAGAUGCUAAGUGACGCACAUACUAUGUCAAUCAUAACAAUCGAACCACAACUUGGACUCGGCCCAUCAUGCAGCUUGCAGAAGACGGCGCCGCCUCCGGAUCGGCCACAAACAGUAGCAACCACCUAAUCGAGCCUCAGAUCCGCCGGCCUCGUAGCCUCAGCUCGCCAACAGUAACUUUAUCUGCCCCGCUGGAGGGUGCCAAGGACUCCCCCGUGCGUCGGGCUGUGAAAGACACCCUUUCCAACCCACAGUCCCCACAGCCGUCCCCCUACAACUCCCCCAAACCUCAGCACAGAGUCACCCAGAGCUUCCUGCCGCCCGGCUGGGAGAUGAGGAUCGCGCCCAACGGCCGGCCCUUCUUCAUUGACCACAACACAAAGACGACGACGUGGGAAGAUCCACGCCUUAAGUUCCCAGUUCAUAUGCGGUCAAAGGCAUCUUUAAACCCCAAUGACCUCGGCCCUCUCCCGCCUGGCUGGGAAGAAAGGAUUCACUUGGACGGCCGGAUGUUCUACAUCGAUCACAACAGCAAAAUCACCCAGUGGGAAGACCCAAGACUGCAGAACCCAGCCAUCACCGGUCCGGCCGUUCCUUAUUCCAGAGAAUUUAAGCAGAAAUACGACUACUUCAGGAAGAAGCUGAAGAAGCCGGCUGAUAUUCCAAACAGAUUUGAAAUGAAGCUCCACAGGAACAACAUAUUCGAAGAAUCCUACCGGAGGAUCAUGUCGGUGAAAAGACCAGAUGUCCUGAAAGCCAGACUCUGGAUAGAAUUCGAGUCGGAGAAAGGCCUGGACUAUGGGGGCGUGGCCAGAGAAUGGUUCUUCCUACUGUCCAAAGAGAUGUUCAACCCUUACUAUGGUCUCUUUGAGUACUCUGCCACGGACAACUACACACUUCAAAUCAACCCCAAUUCAGGCCUCUGUAAUGAAGACCACUUGUCCUAUUUCACGUUUAUCGGGAGAGUCGCGGGUCUGGCUGUAUUUCAUGGGAAGCUCUUGGAUGGUUUCUUCAUCCGCCCGUUUUACAAAAUGAUGCUGGGGAAGCAGAUAACCCUGAACGACAUGGAGUCCGUGGACAGUGAAUACUACAACUCUUUGAAGUGGAUCUUAGAAAAUGACCCCACCGAACUGGACCUCAUGUUCUGCAUAGAUGAGGAGAACUUCGGGCAGACAUACCAAGUGGACCUGAAGCCCAAUGGCUCAGAGAUAAUGGUGACGAAUGAAAACAAAAGGGAAUAUAUCGACUUGGUCAUCCAGUGGAGGUUUGUGAACCGGGUCCAGAAGCAGAUGAACGCCUUCCUGGAGGGAUUCACAGAACUCCUUCCCAUUGACCUGAUUAAAAUUUUUGAUGAAAAUGAGCUGGAGUUGCUGAUGUGUGGUCUCGGGGAUGUGGACGUGAACGACUGGAGACAGCAUUCUAUCUACAAGAAUGGCUACUGCCCAAACCACCCGGUCAUCCAGUGGUUCUGGAAGGCUGUGCUUCUGAUGGACGCCGAGAAGCGCAUCCGGUUACUGCAGUUUGUCACGGGCACGUCCCGGGUACCUAUGAAUGGAUUUGCCGAACUUUAUGGUUCCAGUGGUCCUCAGCUGUUUACAAUAGAGCAAUGGGGAAGUCCUGAAAAGCUGCCCAGAGCUCACACAUGCUUUAAUCGCCUCGACUUACCUCCGUACGAAACCUUCGAAGAUUUACGGGAGAAACUGCUCAUGGCCGUGGAGAACGCCCAGGGCUUCGAAGGGGUGGAUUAAGCCGCCCCCGCCGGCCGCGGCCGUCGGGCAAGUUCCGCUUGCACUUUCGCGUUGGCCUAACGGACUUUGCAGAGACGGUGGCAGAGCAGCAGCCGAGCCUUCGCCCAGGCCCUCGCCCGAGCCCCGCCGUGGGGACCCAGUCCCGGCUCGAGUUCCUGCCUCUUCCGCCACACUUGAUGUGUACGCUAAUUACAUUUCAGGAGGACUGACUCUAUUUAUGUUGUGCCUCUGCAGGCAAAACCCUUAAUAAAUAUUUUGCAUACUUUCAAAAAAAAAA